AUGAAACCUGAAUAUAUUCCAGCCCGUAAUAAUUUACUUACCUAUCUUCAACAACCGUAUUUCCAGCCGAUCGAAAUUUAUCCAACGAACUACGAUCGAUACUUUCGACCAGAACUCUCUCCAGAGAUUUUGAAUCAAUUCUUUGUGAGCUCGUUCAAGGCUUCCAUGAGAGUAUGGAACGAAUUUAUAAACAAUAUCGCCUAUCCACCCUUGAUCGGUACAACGGAAGAUUCAUUCCAUGCGUUUUGGGACGCACUUAUUAUUAAACCUAUUAAAAUCGGAUGUCCUAAGGGAGUGCAUAAUCGAAACACAUCUCACCACACUUCCACAAAUCAAUUUCGACCAGAUCUUUCAUAUUUGGUAUUUGGUGCCUGUCUUGCAAGAGGGGAGGAAAAGGGACCUGAAAAUCAUGAUGAUCCAGCAGUGGAGCUAACCUCUAAAUUGACAUGGACGUACGGGAAUUGCCCUUACAUCUUUGGGUACUAUACAGUUGCCACCAGUGUAACUUACUGCUAUUUAUAUUUCGAAGAAGAGAAUAUUAAGCGGAAAGAUUUGAUCACUUGUUCACUCGAUGAAAUAGAAGGACGCAUACAAGCUUUCAAUAUUGGAAGAAACAUUGGCCGAUUGCUGACCUUACUUCGUCAAACUGUACCGGAAUAUUUUCAGCAAGAAUUUAUUGUCCUUCACCGAUCGAGUGGUAAAGUGAUUGAACUUAUGCAAAAAAAAAUUGUAAAACGUUAUCCUUCACUGGAUUCUGUUAUGAAUCUUAAGCUCCUUUAUGAUAAACUUGCCGAGUACCAUGUUCCUUACAUCGAAUGCCUAGAGAAGAUACAUAUAAAGGAAGGAUCAACUCCAUUCGUGAUUUUUACACCAAAAGGAGUGGAUUGUAAACCACAAUCAAAAGAACAACUGAUCAAGGCGUUGUGUUGUGUUUUGACCGCACUCGAGGCUCUUCAUAAAAUGAAAUUCAUGCACCGCGACAUCCGCUGGGAAAAUGUGUUGAGAUACAUCAAUCGGGACAAGUGGUUCAUUAUUGACUUCGAUGAAGCGUGCCAGAUUCCUUCGGCUGUUCAAAAUACGCAAUUAGCUAAAGAUAACCAUGCACCCGAGAUUUUUAAGCCCUUUCAUAAUGAGAGCGUCGAUAUCUGGUCUGUCGGAUAUUUGAUUCUGACGACCUCUAUUGAAAUUCGAGAAUCUGAUGAAUUGAAAGUCUAUGCAAGAACGAACUUGAUGGCAAAGGAUGAAUUCAAUAGACCAACAGCAAAAGAUGCUUUACGAUGGCUUUGGAGCAAAUAUAUGGAUAUUCUCAGAGAAGAGUUUUUGGAAGAGGAGGCAAUUGAUGAAUCUUAA